AUGAGCGAGCAGGAAUUCACGUUCGAGCGUGGAUCUGUGAGCAAAGAGAAGGCAGAAGGAGAUUAUAAGACACCAAAAGGACAAUCAGCAUCACAAUUUGAUGUUCUAACACCUGACUCGAAAGCAACUUCACCAUUAAAUGUGAGGAAACAGGAAGAAAAACGGGUCAAGGAGAAGACCCGGCAAGUUCUCCUAGGAAUAAGUCGGAAUAAGCGGACGAGUGGAUCCAGUGCAGGCACCAGCGGUAGUAACACGUCAGAUCUGACGAAUAGAAGUAGUGAAAUGGGUACGGGGAAGCUGGUGAAGCUCAGAGUAGCAAAUCCUAGCAUUAGCAGUGAAAAUAUGUUGAAGACAGCUUUAGGGAAUGGGAGCAGCAAAUCCGUUGUGAAGGUUGAUGGUGAGAGUGGAAGUGAGUUGAAGCUUGGCGAGGCAUUUAAGUCCAACACUGGAAAUGCAAGUGAAAAGAAAGAAGAUUCAGAUGGAAACGUGUUGAAUUCGGAAGAUACCACCAGCAGAUCGAAAAGAGUUUCCGAAAACGACUUCAGAUACCUCAGCAAGCAUCUUUCGGAGAUGCCCGGGUCGUGGGUGCCGGAGCCAAAGGCCCAAUUUGACCAAGAGGAUCAACAGUUCAACGAUGUGAACGGUGAAAAGUAUAACGAUAUCAUGAAAUCACUAAACAGCUCACCGACAUCUGUCCUGGAGCGCGAUGCAACGUAUGAAAGUCUUCAGGGAGAGUUGGAAGCGGUGCAAGGAGGCUCGAGCGAUCCAGAGGAGGAUCGUGUUGCUGAAAAGAAGCCAGAGACCAUAUAUGAGUCGUCCGAGCUCAAAGCAAACAGCAGAAAGAGUCUUGUUGAGUCGCAAGUGCCGAAAGUUCCAGAUGAGACGCCAAACGGCAGGGCCAGCUUGAAAAACGCGCUUGAAAGUGUUCUGACAAACGCGUUGGGCUGGCGGAAAAGUGAGCAGGCGGCUGGAAGCGGUAAAGAACACGAUAAUUCCAAUUUAGCGAUGAAAAGUUUGCAAGAAGAAGAUGGAAAACGGACCCCAGAGAGCAGAAGCAGGAGGAUAACUGCCAGAUUUUCGAAUGGAGACGAUGUUACAGCCACAGGGACGGCAGUCAGGCAGUCUAUAGUUUCUUCCAGCAGCUCAUCUGUCGGAAUUGUGUCUCCGGCACCAGCACAGCUCAAUUUUGGCUCGGAGAAGACCGGCGUGGACUCGGACUACGAAAUUGUGGAGGAGCCGGAGCCUGCACGUGACCGAGGAAGUGUGGCCCCAACAACAGGCAGCAAGCGGUUUACAAAUCCGCUUUUCUCUGUUUUGAACGGCAGCAAGGGGAGCCAGGCUGUGUCAGAGAGAGGAAUACUUGCCGAGGAGUCGAAAGACUCGCUGGCAGAGCAGGAUACACGCGAUGACAGCUAUACAGGUGAUAUCAAGCUUGAGCAAGGCUCGGAAUUGUCUUCUGUGAGCUCACUGGGGUCGUCUUUGGACUCUCCCAAGGCAGAAUAUCGGGUUUCGCACGGAGAUGGCAGUGUAUCAUCUUUUAGGCGGGAGCAGCUCAAGCAGCUUACAGGAGAAGAGAGGGAUGGAGAAAAGGGAGAUGUGAAGGAGGACGGAGUGAAGAGAAAUGUGAGGAAAGUGAGUGAUUUGAAUGCUGGUGACAGGAUUAAUGAAAACUCGAGUGGCUUUUCUCAGCAGAGUCAAGCUACCGACAAGAAUGUAUACUCUUCAUCGCAAGUUCACAAGCAAAGCGUUCAAGAGAAUGGAGAAGGCAUUCAGGAAAGAGCUAAAGGAAUUCAAGAAAACACCCAAGAAAACUUCCCAAGCAUCGCACAAAGCACGCCAAAGAAAAUAGAGCAUCCCAACUCCAGCACCAUCUCAAUUCCACAGUCAUUUGUGUCGGCAAACAGCUCAAAGCACUCUCUAGGCGGUGCUGCACACGUGGUAUCAGUUUCAUCCAACACUUAUUCGGCAAGAGGCCCCACGCACAACCGGGCACAACUCGCAGAAAGCCUCACUCGAACUUCGAGGCUUGCUUCGGCAACCUCGCUAAACAUGAAAGUGAGAAAACCAAAGCAGGUAGAGCACAUUACGGCAUCGUUUGCCUCAUCUGGAGAGGUGUCGUCGAUCGCGUCGAAGGCGGCGGUGGACGAUAUUCUCAGAAGUGGGAAUUCACAGAUGCUGGCAUCGGAAAACAGGCAGUGGUCACAGUCGAAGGAGACGACGGGGCAACCCGACAUGUUCGACCCGGACGACGCGUCGGCGCUUUUUGUGACGGCGACGUACCCGUUCGAUGCGUCGACGCUCGAGUCGAAAAACGACGCGUCGAUCUGCCUCUCGUUCGACCAGGGCGACAUUGCAUUCACGUACAACUUGGACGAAUCCGGCUGGGGCGAGGUGAUUUUGGUGGAGUCUUUGCAGCGCGGAUGGGUGCCCAUGAACUACUUUAAGUCGGCAGUUGUGGACACGUUGCAGGAGGCAGAGGGACGGACGAGAAACGAGAGAUUGGCAAAUUCGAAGAUUCCGCUCCGGGUUCUUUUCAGAAAUGCAGGAAAGUUCCUGCUCAACCCACAGAGCAAGCCGUUCUACCUGGCCGGCCAUCUCCGGGGCUACGUGUUUGACGUGGAGUGCUUUAACGGGAUUACGGACGGCAUUCGCAAGCUGCUGAUCGACACAGACUGCAUUUCUCGGUCUAACACUAUCGUUCAGCGUAAGCCAACACUCCGCAGACUGCGAAAGAAGCUUCUCCGGAGCUGGUCGGAUCUUAUUGCCAAGGCCAAGGGCUACAUGCACACGAUGGACCCGGCGAAGAUCGAGCUGUUGCAACUUCUCACUUUUGAUGUUCUCAAGCGGGCCAUCACGUUUUUGGACGUCUGGGGUGCCGAGACUGCCGAUCUUGACCUCGAGCAGUCCGAUGAGCAGAAGAGCAGGCUCGAACUUUCCACGUUCACGUUUGAUUUGUCGUUUCUCGGCUCACCACCAUCUGCUGAGGCCCGUGCUGCCCAAAUUUACGACCAACUGGUGUCGUACUUGGCCCUGAUAGCCGGCCGGAUCGACUUGGUCGAGCACAACAUCCAGGGAUGCCGGGUUCUCGAGACUGUGGUGGGCCAGGUGAAUCUUCUGGCCAACGAGGCCGUGUUCAGCAUGAAGUUGAUCAAAGACCGGGUCGAGGACCAGAUCUUGGGCGAGGACAUGAACGAUGAAGUGCACGAUCCGCCAAAAAAGAGUCUUUUGGGCCGCAUCCCGCUCUCCCAGCUCCGCUCGCUUGAUUCCGACGCCUCCCGACUCCAGCAGACCGUCGAUGAGCUCAACUCCUUUGUCCGUGUGAUGAUAGAUGUGGCCACGAGGCGUAAAAUCGCAAAGAACCUUCCUCACGGGUCGAACGGCGGGUCUUCGUCCAGAAACGUUUCGAGAAAUCCUUCUAGAACUGCUUCUAGAACUGCUUCUAGGAAUCCUUCGAGGAAUCCUUCUACAAUUGCUUCCAGAAAUCCUUCUAGAACUGCUUCCAGAUCUGCCCCCAGAAAUCCCUCCAGACAUACUUCCACCAGGCAUGCCUCCUUUUCCACAUUCCCCUCCUCACCAAGCUCACCUUCGCCAUACUUCUACUCGCGUGAGGGAGGAGCCAUAGUCAUCAACUCGUGCAAACUCAUCGGAUUUAUCACAUCUUCGUACCGCGUGGUUCGAGGAAUCAUCCGGCAGGCCGGCGACUUCACACUUCCGGCAACCCGGCGGUACCCAGACUAUGACAAGAUCAGUCUUUCUGCACGCGAGUUCAUCACGAGAUGCUCGGCUGGGCUCAUGGGAGACUCCAAGGUUCGAACUCAGGUCUUGCGGUACGUUAAGGAGUCCGAAACUGAGGUUUCCUCGCCGGAUUCCUUACUUGGAACACCUUUCCCAAGUGCCUCGAAGCGGUUUUCCGUUUUCCGGGCCGGAAACUCCGGCGACAUGAAGAUCAGCGAUGACGGACUCGACUUUUUGGCCGGCAUGAACUGGGAAAAGGGUAAUGGUGACAAAGCUGCCACAAGUAAGGACGAUGUUGAUGCAGGCGGUGCAGAUAGUGCAGAUGCAGAUUUAGAUAACGAUGCAGAUGACUCUGACAUCAAGAACAUCGGCACCCAGUACCUCAAGCAGUCAGCAGCAGACGUCGACCGAGAAAUCAUCAGAUCGCAAAAAAACGACAAGCAGAUUCUGGGGGCCUCUUUUAGGGCUCUCGUGUGGAUGCUUACUGACGACAGCAACCCGCCUGACUACUUCUACACUUCAACAUUCUUCUUGACUUUCAGGAUCUUCGCAAACGGCGCAAUGCUCUUGGAGGAGUUGAUCCGGUUGUUCGGCGUGGGCGGCGGGUCGAUCGACGGCAAGCACGCGUCGGCGUUCUACACGCGGCCGAUCGACGCGUCGGCUGCCGGCUACUCGCUGCACGCCCGCCGCAAGCUCGUGUGCAAGGCCUUCCGGGUGUGGAUGGAGAGCUACUGGAAGCCUCGCACCGACUAUGUACUCCUCGCACCUCUCAUAAACUUUUUCAACGAGGGAGUGAAGCCUUUGCUCCCAGUUGAAGCCUACCAGCUGCUUCUGGUGGCCUCAAAGUUGGUUGGCCAACCCCCUGUGGAGACUAUGAAGGACAAGCUCAACUAUAUCAACAACAUCGACUCGGACUCGCAGCUUCUCCCAAGAAAAAUCUCGCCCCGGCUUCACCGGAAGCAGAUUGCCCGGGUUUCCCAGUUGUAUACAAAUACUUUGGCCGGACACCGGGCAUCUGCAACACAUUCCCGGGCAGGGAGUGUGUUUAUCUCCCAGCUGGACGCUUAUAACUCUUUCAUGGAUGAUAUCGACAGCUACGGGCUCGGGAAGAUUGAUAACGGCACGGUUGCCGAAGCUGCAGAUACAUCCAGACACCAGUCGGUGAGCCAGAGCAUCCGGCGCUCGCUCAACCUUGGGAUGCACCUCGAGUUGAACGAUGCGGGCGACGCGUCGACCGACGCAGCCCCGGGCUCGUCGACCUUGUUGAACGUGCGGCAGACGACGCUGAUCAAGAGUGUUGUGCUUUCGUACCGUCGGAUGCUAGGUCGGCACUGGCCGAUCGACGCGGAUGGCGACGACGACGGCGACGACGACGGCGAUGACGCGGAUGCCGAGGCCAAAAGCAAGUACACCUCUCUCGAUACGCAGUUGUUGAUCGAUUCCUGGUGGAAGACCUCGCAGGAAUCAUGGAAGUGCAUGAACCAGAGCUUAAUCUUGCUUAAUUUCAACGGGUUGGAGUUGGCCAAGCAGCUCACGUUGAUCGAGAGCAAGAUGUUCUGCUCGAUAAAGGUCAACGAACUCCUCAACCAGAACUUCACCACCAAGAAGUUGCACCUCAGCUUGUCGCCCAACAUCCAGAAAUCCAUUCUUUUCACCAACUUGCUCAGCGAGUACGUCAUCGAGAGCAUUCUCCAGCCCGAUAUUGACAUAAAGAUGCGUGUGCAUGCCGUGAAAUUGUGGCUUAAGGUCGCCAUUUCGUGCCUCUACCUCAGAAAUUUCAACUCUCUUGCCUCCAUCAUGACUUCCUUGCAGAGCUUCCUUCUCACCCGAAUCCAGACCAUCUGGGACGGUCUCUCGGCCAAGUACCAGGACUUGUUUCACUACUUGGCCUCCAUCAUCCACCCAGACAAGAACUACCACAUCUACCGUGCAAAACUGCACGAUUUCCUCAGUUCGAACCUCGAUGAUGACUUGGAGGUGCCAACCGUGCCCUACCUUGCACUCUUCCUCCAGGAUUUGACCUUUGUGGUCGACGGAAAUCCAAACUACAGAAGUAACGACAAGUCCUUCUUGAAGCAGAAGUUGAUCAACAUCGACAAGUACUUCAAGAUCACGCGCAUAAUUUCCGACAUCCAGACUUUGCAAGUUCCUUACACGGACACUGGUGAGCUCGGUACCAUAUACAACUCUCCGAAGUCCGUCGAACUCAGGGCACGUGCCAUUCAGUGCUUGCAGCACGAAUUUUCCACCGAUACAGAUGUCAACUUUUCUUACAUGUUUGAUAUUGUUGGUGUGCCCUGCUUGCAGGAGCUCAUCCUUUUGGAGAUUUGGAAGGUCAAGCAGAAUAAUGCCAGGGAGGAGGACCGCGCCUGGAAGUUGAGUUGCAAGAUUCAGCCAAGAAGUAAGCAUGAGACUCAAAGUACUGGUGCAGACUACCAGACGUUAACCAGUUUGCAUGCUGCUGAAGAGCCUUCUAGUGACACGUAA